CAACGUUAAAGUGGCUUCUUUGCUCUCGGUGAAAAAAAAAACAUUUUAGCCGUUUAAAUGGCUCUGACAAUUACAAAGUUUCGAAAUUCGAGUGGCGUAGCAGCACCGAACGUGGUAUUCCGCCCAAAAACAGCGGAUCCGCAGCCAGUAACUAAGAAACCCUUCGCGAAACUCGAGGCGGGAAAUGCCACAGUGAAGAUCACUUCUGGAGGUAUCGUGGUCAAUAAAAUACCAGCUCUCAUAAGACCAAGUAUGAAGAGAGCAACAACAUCAACAACAACAUCUCCAGCUGGCACAGUGGGAUUUCCAAGCCUCAAGACGCCAAAGUAUGUAAUUCAGGCAGGUCCAAGCGGAUCCUCCGGCAACCAACUGCAGGUGAUAUCGAGGAAAGAUUCUCAAAGCCUGGGAGUGGCCAUCAGUUCACUGCCGCCGAACACAAUCAUCAAGGCCACAACGAGACCAGUCCAAGCUCCUUCCGUAACACCAGCUUCAUCUACAGUUACUUCGGCAUCGUCAACACCGAGGAGUUCCCGGAGUGCUGUCCACUCCACGCCAACUGUGGCGGCUGAUUCCAGAGUUUCCUCCGCCGUGCGACAAGCUGUUUUCAUAAAGCGAGAACUUCCCCAGCCGCAGAGGAGCAUGAGGAGUUUGACUUUGGCUUCGGUGGAACAAGCACCUCUCCUUCAUUUGGGUGUGGCUCCAGAGCACAUGUCACUGCUGAAGCGGCUCAUCUGUAGAAGUGCCAAUAUCACACACCUGGACUGUUGUAUUACCUUAAGGAAACUCCGUCAGAAUGAACCUUUCGCUUUGCUAGCCGAGCACUUUGAGCUAAGCGAAUCGGAUCUCGAGGACUCUUUCAAACGAACGCUUAUAAAACUGGCUCGCUAUUUGCGACCCCUGAUCCGCUGGCCGGAUGUACGGCAAUAUAACGUACGGUUUAAGCACACGCCAUUGGACUACCGGGCCAAUCUGCUGCAUGUCCGCUCUCUAAUCGAGUGUGUGGAAACGGAUGUGGCACUGAAUUUAGGAUUGGGCAGCGACAGCUACAAGUUCAUAUUGUGCAUCAAUACAAAUGGUAUUAUCAGUUACGUGUCUAGUGCCUUUCCCGGCAAUUGCGACGAUCUCCAGUUGUUUGAGGCCAGCAGAUUUCGAGACGUCAUCCCCAAGUACCUAACCUUGUGCGCCGAGCCCGGCAAAGCAGUGCCUCGUGCUCGACGAACGGGUAUGGAGGAGCCCCACGACUCGGCGGAUGAGGAUGACUACCAGCCGGCGGAGGAACCAAAGCGAUCCCUUAGCAAAUUCGAGGCCCAACGUUUAGGCGGGCAGCUAGCAAACCAGCAGUCUCUUACCGUUGUAGAUGGUACGCUCACCUCGAAGCGAGCUUCGUCUGUCCAGCUGCCCACCCUGAAGGCCCAAGAACCUGCCUGCAGAGCCCAAAUGCGCGACAUGAUCGAUUGCUUGAGGGAAUUCAGGGUGCUCGGUCACUCUGCUAUUCAGCAAAAAUCGUUGCUGGGAUAUAUUGAUGAAAUGAUUGUAGUGGCUGCAGCCCUUUGUAACCUUAGACGACAGGAGUUGCACUUUUAAUUUAAAAUAUUUCGUGGACAGUAUAAUGGCCUGUUUUAAGGCCAGUAAGCUGUGUUUCUCUGUUAAUAAAAAUGUAACUUUAAUAAUGUAGACGCAAGCAAAACUUUUCAAUUAUAAUCUUAAGUUAUAAAACAAUGUUCGAUUUCUAAAGGCAAUAAAUCCGUUAAAUACUUUUUAUACAAAUAAUUUGAACAUA